AGCGCGCGAGUGCUCGCGAGUCGCGAGGGGUAACCGAGGGGUAACGACGCUCUCGGCUGUCGCGUCCAUUUUCCGAACACACGAAGCUCGAAGCUCGGAGUCUCGGGAGCUCGGGCUCGGGGGGAACAAAUGCGACGAAUACAAAUAAUGGAGUGUGCGUCUUUCGGUUGAUUGUUGAUAUUCGCCCGAUUCACCUGUAAACUCGCGAACUCCGCAUGUGGCGUACGUCGCGUCGCGACGUUGCGAUUGCGAGUCGCGCGCUUCCCGCUCGAUGAAAUGUUGUGCCUUACGUGUCUCUGACGUUUCGCAUGUCCGAGUCCGCGAGUCGAGACUGUCGAAAGUCGAGAGUUGGGACGGAUCACGGACACACGGACGACGGACGUUUGUUGUUUGUUGUCUGCCUGUGAACCCCGAGGACGGUAGAGAAAGGGAGCGGGAAGGACUCGCGCGUAGUCUCAUUCAACUCAAGUCACACACAAACAGUGUCCGUAAGCGAGAAGGGAUCGACGAGACGCGCGCUGCCCGGGCUGCCCCGAGUAUCCUGUGAUGUUUCGCGAAAUGUCAGUUGCCGCUGUGACGAGACUGUGACAUCUGUGACGUCUGUGACGCCGGUGUCGUGACGUCGUGGUCGUCGUGAGUACCGCUCUACCGCUGUGACACGAGUGUCACGUCUGAUUGAGGUUAGACCCCCGCGGCGCUCCGAAUGUAAACCCUGUCUUAUGUCUUUAUCCCGCCUGUCGCCUGUGUCUCGGACAUUGAAGUCGAACUAAGCUAACUUAGACCCACCACUGACUCCUGACUCCUGACUCGAGACUCGACUUCUGUCUCCGUGUCUCCGGAGAGAUCGCUGACUACUGGGGGGAGCGGUGGUUGGUGGUUGUUGUACUAUUGUGGUGAUACAUUCCGGUGCUGCGUCUAUGCAUUGAUGUGUGUAUAUACCGUUUGUGUGUCAUGUUCUCAUCUCGGUGAAUAGGGAUUGUAGAAUCAUGGCAGAUCGGGAUUAUGAUAUGGGUUCUGCAACGGAAAUGAUGGUAAAUGAUUUUGAUGACGAACGAACAUUGGACGAGGAAGAAGCCUUAGAAGGUAGCGAGGAUUCUCACAACGAGUUGUCCAACUUGCAAAAGGAAGGUGAUAUGCCACUGAAAGAUCUUCUUGCCAUGUACGGAUACGGUGAUCCCUCGACGGAGAAUUCAAACAGUUCCGAUCACAUGUUGCUGCCAUCUGGAAGCGGCGAUCCCGAGACCGAGGAGCGUUACUCGGACAAAGGUGACAACGAUGCUGAUGACGACGACGAUGAUGACGAGGCUGAUGCAACCAGUAACGAACCGGACCUUAAACAAUUCUACACAGAAAUGCUAGUAAAGGGGAAGGAUAAGUCAUCGCCGUUGUCGGGAUCCGCGACGAAAGGCAAUAGCGGCAUUGGAGUAGGCAACAGGGACAGCAGGAAACGUAGAAUCGACGACGACGAGGACGACGAUGAAGAUGUCGAAACCGAGGACUGCUUGAUAACGGGCACUCGAAGCGGAAGUGGAAAGAAAACCAGAGCGUCACCUACAACGGGAAGUGCUACGGCUGUUGCGUGCGAUGGUAUAGUUAAUUUAGGGGGAGCCAGUGCUACCGAUAGCACUAUCGAAGAAGGUAGCGCCAGUGGCGCGAUCGAUGGUCCGGAAGAUAGGAUAGUCAGUGCGGGAAUAGGUGGUGGCAGUUCGAGAUUGUUACGGAGUGUUUCAAGGCCGCAAAGUGAGGAAGAAGAGGACGACUGUGACUACAGUCCAGACGAGGAAGAAUGGAAGAAAACGAUCAUGGUUGGUACUGACUAUCAAGCAGCGAUACCAGAAGGCUUGUGUCGUUACGACGAUGCCUUGCCAUACGAAAAUGAGGAUAAAAUGUUAUGGGACCCCAGCCAUAUAUCCGAGGAGGAUACGGAAGAGUUUCUAGAACGCGCGCAACUUCCUGCGGUAAAGGGUGGUUCGUUGCCGGCCGGCUCACAUAUUAGAGAUGACGAGCAGGCUUUAUAUCUUCUACUGCAGUGUGGCUACAAUCUCGAAGAAGCACUACGAAGACGUCGAAUGAACGUGCUUCCUCCUACGGAUGCGGUGAGCCUUUGGUCAGAAGAGGAAUGUCAUAACUUUGAAAAUGGAUUGCGCACUUACGGGAAGGAUUUUCAUCUUAUACAGAAAAAUAAGGUAAGAACGAGAUCGGUCGGAGAGUUAGUACAAUUUUAUUACUUAUGGAAGAAAACGGAGCGGCAUGACAUAUUUACGUAUAAAGCGCGAUUAGAAAAGAAAAAAUAUGCUCUGCACCCCGGUAUCACCAGGGACUAUAUGGACCGAUUCCUUGAGGAGCAAGAGGGAGUGCGAGAUCGCAGCAGUUCACCGAAUGUUCAUUGUUUGCUGUAUGGUGAUGCCAAGCGGCAAAGAUCGAGCACCAGCGUGAUCAACAACGACGAGUCCAAAUCAGCGGAUGCUUGGGAUGGAAACGCGGUUGAUCCAUUGGCGGAUGUUAAUGGCCCAACACCACCGCCGCCUCCACCACCUCCACCACCACCGCCCUUGGUAACGUCAGCCGCGACUACCAUGUCCUCGUCAAUAUGCAAUUCCAGUGCUUUGACCAUACCGACGUAUUGUUCGCCAUCGACUCGUCAUCCGGACUGUCCCUCGUCCGAAUCGAGUUGUGUGAACCCCCUAGCGUGGAGUGGUAUAGUGUCCCGAAGUCAACCUACCUCUUCAGUCAUCACAACGAUAACGAUAAAUACCACUACAGCCACUACGUCUACAGCAAUGGUCACAGCUCUCGGCUCGACGAAUACAGUUACCACUAGUUCCACCGCUCCUGCUGCUACCGUUGCCGCCACUGCUGUCUCUAAUAACUACUACCAUCAACGAGUAACAUCAUCCAGAAGCAAUGAUUCUCACGACACGCCCUCGCCCGAGAACAUUUUACCUCAUCUGCCCCCUUAGCGUCUAACCCGACCUUCAGGUGUUCAUCCUGAAAGGCGACGGAUGUCCUUGCGCGGUGUGCCUAACUCGGCACUCGCACCAUCGCUAUUGUCGUAACGCAUAAUAUUCGUUAAUAUCAAGGAUUCUAUUUUUAUACUGUAUCGCGCGUAAUAUAAUUAUUAAUCGUCUUUAGCGCGAGUGCGCCAUGUUGUAUAGUGAUGCGGAAAACGGAGGAAGACACGCUUUUGCGUGGAAGAUUAGAGCAUAUGUAAGAUUAAAGAUACAAAUUCAAGAUAAACGCGGCAAAAACGAGCGAGGGUCACUGUAGCUUUCUCUAUUUUUCUUCUCUCUGUUUAUGAACAUAGAGAUAUUCCAUGCAAACAGAAAGACACAUUUUGAAAAAGACUCGUUGGAAAGCGCCAGUAUUCAACAGAGAAGUGAAAUAGUAUUAUACACUGUAAAUUUUCAUGGAUAAAUCAUUGUAUUGCAUAAUAUGUAAUUGAUCAUGAUUCAAUUUGUCCAAGGCACGUUUGUCCUCGAAUCGGCAAUAAAUUUGUAAAAAGUAUGGUAUGGAAUUUCGCGAAAUGAUUUCUUAAGUACGACAAAGUGGAAUCUGAUAAAUGUUGGAAUGAUAAAGUUAAAAUGAAAGUCAAUAGAAACAUGGUCAUCGUUAUUUUAAUGUAAAGGAUGCGCGUAAAUAGCGAUCCUAAUAAUUCGUUUCCCUCGUUAAGUAGUUGGCUGUGUAUAAAAUCAUAUAGUUUGUAUUUUCACGUUUUCCUAGCAAACUAUUUAAGAAACACGAAAUAUUUCUAAUUUACUGGAUACACAUUAUAUUAUGUUUAAUCAUUUAUAAAUAGUGUUGAUAUAAAAAAGCACAGGCUAAAUUAGAAACGUUGGCCUUUUUAUUCCUCAUCAAUGUUUCAUUAUAAGUUAUAAUACAUAAUACAUGAAAGAAUGUUACGUUUAUUAUCAAUUAACAUUAGCAAACAUUUUUUUAUCUUUCGCAAAAUAACAUGCACACAAGUGCUCAAUUAUAUCAUACAUGCUCAAUUAUGUCAAAUUAUUUACUUACAAUUAUGUGAAAAAGAUGGUAGCUUUUAAUGUAUAAAAACGUAGCUCUUAAUGUACUCAUCAUUUAUAAUCAUCAUUCUAGAAUGCACAGAUCUAGUUUCCAUUUCAGAAUGAUGAAUUAUAUAUUAAGAGAACUACGUUUUAAAUAAAAAAAAUACUGUUCAUCGAAA